ACAAUUAAAUCAAUAAUUAAACCACUUAACGACAAUAAUGAACCACAAGGAAGUGGUAAUGGUGGCCAUGGCGAUGGUUGUUUCUUAGAGAGAGAGAGAGAGAGAGAGAGAGAGAGAGAGAGAGAGACGAAGAAGAAGAAAGAUCAGACAAGUCCAACACGACACACUCUGAUUCACUGAGUUUCCAUAUAAAGAGACAAGAACCGUUUACUUCGGACAAGGAGACAUGCAAAACUAAUCUCUGUUCCUGUCUUCUUCACCGUCGUUUCAUCUAAUACUAAAAAAAAAAGAUGAAUAAGAAAGAUUCAACUUUGCCGUACCUUAACACUAGCAUCUCAUGGGGAGCGGUUCCAACCGAACCACUUAGCUUGAAAGUGGUGGAUGCAAGGCCUGAACAUACCACAAAGCAAAUCAGUUUCCAGGACCAGGACUCAUCUUCAACUCAGUCCACUUGUCAGUCUUACACUGAUGUUGCUAGCAGUGGGGAUGAUAUUCCUUCCAGACAAAUCUCCUUUUUAACAAAAUCAGGAUCUGAAGAAACUCAGCAGAAGGGAUUUGCAACUACUCAUCCUAAACCAAGCUCCAUGACCGGACUUCCGAGUAUACACUUUGCUCCUACGCAUGCUAAUUUCACUUUUCACUAUGGUGAUCCACAUUUUGGUGGUGGUGUGUUAGCUGCAACUUAUCUUCCACAGGUACCAACGUGCAACCCCCAAAUGGUGGGUAUGGUUCCUGGUCGAGUUCCUCUACCAGUGGAGAUCACAGAAACUGAGCCAGUCUUUGUCAAUGCGAAGCAGUACCACGCAAUCAUGAGGAGAAGACAGCAACGUGCCAAGCUUGAGGCUCAGAACAAGUUAAUCAAAGCCAGGAAGCCGUAUCUUCAUGAAUCUCGACAUGUUCAUGCUCUUAAAAGGCCAAGAGGAUCCGGUGGAAGAUUCCUAAACACCAAGAAACCUCUCCAAGAAUCCCAACAGGCUGCUGCUGCUAAAGAACAAGAAGAAAGCAAAAAGGCAAACAUGUCUAGAUUUGAAGCUCAUAUGCUGCAACAUAACAAAGACCGUAGCUCAACCACCUCUGGAUCAGACAUCACAUCUGCUUCCGACGGUGUUGAUAUCUUUGGACACACCGGAUUCCAGUUUUCAGGUUUCCAAACAACUCAGACUAACCGAGCCAUGCUUGUUAAUGGUCAUCAAUCCAAUGACAUGCAUGGAGGUGGGGACUUGCACCAUUUCUCUGUCCAUAUCUGAGACUUUGGUGCUGUUUUCAUGUUUCCCACCAAAAGGGGAAGUCAUCCUUGGCUACUAUUACUAGUUCUCUUGCUACUGUUUUCAUUUCACUUUAUGUGUGUGUUAUAAGACAUCGCAAGAACAACCAAAAUCUUCACUUUGGAACACACUUUUCAAUCUUCGGUUACCAAUAUGUAUCUCAUGUGUUAAACUAGUGGUUUGGUUUUAUUAUAAGCUUUCAAUUGCUUUUUAUGUAAUGAAGAAGUCUCUGGAUUAUGAAUGAAUAUUAUAAAUAAAACACAAUUCUGCUUCCA